UUUAGAACUUCUUGUUUACUCCCCAACAGAUGAUCGUUCUAGCAGGAAUCAUGUGAUUUCAUAGAUUGUUGUGGUAUCUUGUCUUUUGGGAGGAUCUCAGGGGUGACAUACAAUCUAGCACUGUAACAAGUGUUUGCUGAUUGUAUCUUGGAAGUUUUGUAGGUUCGUAGAAUGGCGACGGUUCAGAUACAGAAGAGCGGAGGACAACCGUGGGGAUUUCGGUUAGCAGGAGGACGGGAUUUUAAUGUACCACUUCAAGUAAAAAAGGUUGAAUCUGGUAGUCCAGCGGCCGGUGUUUUGUCUGCUGGUGAUUCUAUAAUAGGUAUCGGAAAUUCCGAUGCCAGGGGCAUGACACAUAUGCAGGCACACCAGACGAUUCGGGGAUCAGGAAAUUAUCUGCAGCUUACAGUAGUUAAAGGACACGGCGGUAUGGAUAGACUAUCUUCUAUAAAACCGAAAGGUCCUGUCAAAUUUUCACCUUGGAAAGCACAAUCAGCACAAUGAAAAUAUAAUUAUGAUCAGUUGUAAGUCAUCAAGCCAUUCCUUGGACACGCAGCAAGUCAGAGACGUAUCCGGAAGAAUAAUUGGUUGGAAAUCUAUUUCGAAUUUAAAGUUUGUGGAUUUUCAACUCGAAAAUGUAUAGAAUAUGUUUUUUUGUAUAUAACAUCACGUAAUUUUGUGCCGCCACUUCAAUUGUAGUGAUAUGAAUUAGGACCACUACGCUAUGCUUUCAUUAUUGGAUUCGUCAUUCGCUUUGGAAAAAGGAAUGUGUUAAUUCAUUUUCAGAAUUUCAUUUGAAAUCAAGGUUUCAAAGAAUCGAGAUUUAUCAGUGGUUCCACAAAAAGGGGGGCAUUAUCUCUACCGAAACAAGAUGAUGAUAACCUUUGGAGAAUAUCAUUGAUUUCAUAUCUGUUUGAUAUCUAUUUUUCAUGUUUCAUUGUUUCAUCAGUCGUCGUACAAGGCCGUUAAGUGCAAUAAAGGAUGUGAAUUUUAUACAUUUUUUGGUGUAUAAUUUAACUAAAUAUAUAUGAUACAUAUUUAUAAUAAUGUCAAAUGAAGGAAAGUUUUUCUUGUAUAAAUUGUUUAGAUGAAAUAAAGAUUUUGUAAGUGA